CGGGGACCUCUUGUACCGCCUACCUCUCUCUAGGUAACAACGCUGUUUCCACUUCCAUCCUUUUGGACCUACGUGGGCUGUUCCGGAUGUAACGCCUACCUCCCUCCACUCCUCUGAUCCUCUUAUCCACUAGAAGGCGGCUAAGAUGGAUAUGAUCAACCAGUUGGUCGCCACCGGGCAAUUCACCAUUUGCAAACAGCCUUUGGGAUUCAUAAAGAUUCUACAAUGGUUUUUUGCCAUCUUUGCAUUCUCCACGUGCGGCGGUUACUCUGGUGAUUUCGAGAUGAGCGUGGAAUGUAAGAACAAAACAGAGAGUGACCUCAGCAUUGAGGUGGAGUUUGAAUAUCCUUUCAGACUCCAUCAGACAUACUUUGAUGCACCAACGUGUAAAGGUGCAGCACCAGAGCGUAUUUUCUUGGUGGGAGACUACUCCUCCUCAGCGGAGUUCUUUGUAACCACCGGUGUCUUCUCCUUCCUCUACUCCAUGGCGGCCGCCUCUGUCUACAUCUUCUGCCUGGAGAAGUAUCGGGAAGGCAACAGAGGGGCCCAGGCAGAUUUUGUAAUCACUGCUGUUUUAACGUUCUUUUGGUUGGUGAGUACGGCAGCAUGGGCUAAAGGCCUUUCUGAUGUGAAGACUGCCACUGACCCUGACCGCGUCAUGACACUUAUCGAUGCCUGUGACCGUGAGGAGAACCGCUGCCGCGAGAGACGUGAACCAGUCGUAUCUGGCCUGAACACCUCAGUGGCAUUUGGAUUUUGCAAUCUGGUGCUGUGGGUAGGGAACCUGUGGUUCGUGUUUAAGGAGACCGGCUGGCUGGCAGCUUUCGCUGGCACCUAUGCGCCCUCUCAGGAGAAGCAACCAGCUCCAGACUCCUUUGGCCAGGAAGACUAUGGGCAGCAGGACCCUUAUGCCGGCUCACAGGGAGGAUACCAACCCGACUACGGCCAGCAGGGCGGCUAUGAGGGUGGAGACUACAGCCAAGGGUACAACCAACAAGGUGGACCAACCUCCUUCUCCAAUCAGAUGUGACCCUGAUGGAGAGGCCUUAGCUAUGUGCAGACCAGCAGAGGGUGUGUCGGGAUCGGGGAAGUGUAGAGUCUUAAUAACACCCACCAUUCUAGUCCUCAGUUUAUCUGUUUGCGCAGUGAGUUGAUGAGGGAAGAAGGGAGGGGGGGGGGGGGGUGUUA